CAGGCAAACUGCAGGCAGAUCCACUGAGGAGCAGCUGCAUCCUUACAAAUAGAGCAACAGUGAUUUCAGUGUCGGCUUGCUUUCCCUGCAGGGACGUCCGUUUGAGGAUCCUGGAGCACUAUCGCUGGUCUGUCAUUCAGAAGUAUCAGGCAGUCACUAAGGGUCUGACAGUGGAUGACCUCAUGACCUUUGUCACUGGGCUAAAGUCGGAGCUGUACACCGAAGGGCUGGUGCAGGGGAAUUUCACCAGCACGGAGUCCAAAGAGUUUCUGCAGUACUUUAUUGAUAAGCUGCAGUUCCAGCCCCUGUCAGCAGAGGUCCCUGUGUUGUUCCGGGUGGUGGAGCUGCCUCAGAAACAUCAUUUCUGUAAAGUCAAGUCUCUGAACAAAGGAGACGCUAACUCUGAGGUCACUGUCUAUUUUCAGUCGGGGCUGAAGAAUCUCAGAGAGCAUGCUCUGAUGGAGCUGCUGGUGAUGCACAUGGAGGAGCCAUGCUUUGACUUCCUCAGGACAAAGGAGACGCUAGGGUACCAGGUGUACCCGACCUGCAGGAACACCUCUGGGAUGCUUGGGUUCUCCGUCACCGUGGAAACACAGGCCUCAAAGUUCAGCACAGAGCUGGUGGACGCCAAGAUUGAGGAGUUCCUGGUCAGCUUCGGGGCGCGUCUGUCGGCGCUGAGCGAGGACGCCUUCAGGACGCAGGUGACAGCUCUUAUCAAGCUGAAGGAAUGCGAGGACGCUCACCUGGGAGAGGAGGUGGACCGCAACUGGUUUGAGGUUGUCACACAGCAAUACAUCUUUAAAAGGCUUGACAAGGAGAUCGAGACGCUGAAGCAGUUCUCUCGCUUGGAGCUGGUCUCCUGGUUCCUGGAACACAGAAACAGCAGCAGCAGGAAGCUCAGUGUCCAUGUGGUUGGUUUUGGGGUGGAGGAGAAUGACCCCCCAGAACCGAGUGCCAUCUGCAGCCCAGAAAGCAUUGUCAACCCCCCCUCCUCGGCCUACGGUGAAGUGAGCGAGCUCACCUUCCUGAUGGCCUCCUCGCCUUUGCUCCAGGACGCCACGCUCAUCUCCGACAUCCGAGCGUUCACCUCCUCCAUCCCCCUCCACCCUUACUACAAAAUCCUCAGCUAAGCCACUCACUGCAGACUGACAUGAGAGAGCUAAAGACCUCUUCGCUGUCACAUUAAUAAUACAGUUACCAUGGAAACAGCUAGCAUUCUUAUUUGAUAAAAGAGGAUACUGUUAGAAUGCACAUCAUUUACACGUGCUUAGAUGUUGAGUUUAAUGUACUCGCAUAGAGCUUAAGAAAUAAAACAUUGUAAAAUGCUGCUUUCAUAUACUGUGGGGAAAAAAGCUAAACUCUAGGUCCAUAUAUAGCAUCUCAUGGUUUAUGAUAUCUGGAAAAUAAUAAUGGAAACAUGUAAAUGCAGAAAAUAAUCACUUUUUAAAAUGAGCAUAAUGGCUUGACUGGCAAAAAAUAACUAGUCAUCAUAGAUAGUCAUCUACGGUACUUUAGCCUACAGAAUGUUUAUAAUUGAAAAAAUAGGAUGCCUAAGUAUUUAACCUAGCUCAAACAUAAGGAUUUUUACCAAAAAACCAUUUGCAUCAGCUGUAAGUAAACACCUAUUAAAAGUACAAACUGUUUAAACUUCAA